CCCCGUCUCUGCACAUUACGGACAGCAUAGAUAUGCUAUCUGUGACUGACAGAAAAUGACUGAAAACAUUGGGAGGAAGACUACUGCUAGAUUUUUUUUGUUUAAGUGCUUAUUUAGCACCGACGUUUUAAAAAGUACUCGAUAAUAGAAGAGCAUUUUAACUAUCAACACUGCCGCAUCGACAUAGUACUAUCCUCUCUAACUAUGCCAUUGCCUUCGUACCAAAAGUGCAUCUUCCCCGGAUGUCGAAAUGUGAGGUCCAGCUCGGUCGGCUUAUACAGAUUCCCCAAAAAUGAGGAGAUGAAGAACAGGUGGAUUGACUUUGUGAAAAGGCACCAUGAUGGAAAACUGCAGAUUUCUAACAGUAGUCGCCUCUGCAGUCUCCACUUCACUCCGGAAAGUUUUACUAAUCUCCAUCAAAGACAGCUGGGUUUCUCGGUUGAUCGCCUGUUGCUUGUUAGAGGUGCAGAACCGUCUAUCCCCCUCCCAGACCAUCACCCACCCCUCUCUGCAACACCUGGAGCCUUCGCAGACAGGGCCUGUCCAGCUGUGAGUCAGCAGCAGUUUCCUCCAACCACAAGAGAAAUCGGAUGCCAGUGUGAUGACACCCUUGAAUUUACCAGAGAAGUUAGGUGGCAGACUGAUCUCUCUAAAAGGAGAGAGGCCACACAGCUGUUUAGCACACUUGGAACAAGGAGGACUACAGCUUUGCCUUCGUACGAAAAGUGCAUCUUCCCUGGAUGUCGAAAUGUGAGGUCCAGCUCGGUCGGCCUAUAUAGAUUCCCCAAAAAUGAGGAGAUGAAGAACAAGUGGAUUGACUUUGUGAAAAGGCACCAUGAUGGACAACUGGUAAUAAAUAGCAGAAGCCGUCUCUGCAGUGACCACUUCACUCCGGAAAGUUUUUUUAACCUUCAACGGAGACAAAUAGGUUUCUCAGUUGAUCGUCUGUUGCUUGUUAAAGGUGCUGAACCAUCUGUAUCCCUACCUGAGCGCCAUCAGUCUCCUCCAACCACAAGGGAAAUAGGGUGCCAGUGUAAUGACACCCUUGAAUUUUACAGAGAAGUGAGGUGCCAGACUGACCCCUCUAUGGGCAAAAGGAGAGCAGCCACGCAACUGUCCAAGAGAAAACUUUGGAAAAGUAGGACUACAGGCUGUCAAGCCACUGUAUCAACCAGGAGCGUUGCUGUGGGGAACAAUGAACCCCUAGUUCUGCAGUUCUACACCUUCACUUUGCUUAAGCAGAAAACAGUAUCAUCUGACAGCCCACCAACAAAGCACCCCCUCCUACAUUUUCCCUCUGCACAGGAAUGUGAUGUCAGUUCCACCUUGGCAGAUCCUGAUCGCACCACCAGCACCGGCAUUUCUGAUUUGGUUGGCACCACCACUGAACAAGCACCAACAAAGCCUGUCCAGGACAUGGAGAGGUUGUUGGUUUAUGAGGACUGCCUACUGGAGCUUUUCAAAGUCUGCCCCAUCUGUUCCAGACUCUGCCAGGUUGACACUUUAGCUACAGGUACACUCCUUUCUGUUACACAGAAGUGCCUCCACCAGAGUUGCUCAUACUCUCGACAAUGGAAGAGUCAGUGAGAGUCAAUUGGAUUGGACUGUGAUGCCACAGUGUCUUGGAUGGGUUUUUCAGGCACAAUUCCCUCAGAUUUAAUAGUGUACAGAAGUUCAAACUGUACCUCAGAGAAAACUUCAGCAGCGGCUUUAUUGACUGUGAGGGGGGAACAGUUACAUAUUUUCAGUGACUCCUCUGGGUACGGCUUUUUGAUCAUUUGAAUCAACUGGAUAAUUCCUUAUUUUUAAUUAUAAUCUGCAGGAUGAAAAAGAAAUUCUUAGGACAAAGUCAUUCCAGGAUUGUGCUGAUUCUGUUUACUCGAUUCAUGUCUGUUACCUGUUAAACGUGCUGCUGCACAUCUUGGUAGGGACUUUGUAAAUAGGUUCCUAAUAAAAGGUUACUAGAUAUGUUGUCUUUGUGCUUUUUGUAAUUAAAUAUGAGGUUUCAACAUUUUGCAAUUCACUGCUCUGGUGUUUAUGGCUGUAAAUUCAAGCAUGUCAUUUAAAUGUAUUUAUCAGUGAUAAAAUUCAGCAACAGAAAAUGUGUGACUUUUAUUUAAAGCUUACUCUUGGCAGAAUGCUUUGCAUGUUCAAACUUGCUAACUUCAUGACAAACCUGACACAGACAGCAGCAGGAAAAGAGUGGGAGUUCUGCCAGGAUAAAGCACGACACGAACUGCCUCAGAAAAAUACCUGCUGACUUUUCCCAUGCAUGCAGAGGUGACGUUUGGUGGAUAAAUGUGAAAGGGGAGGAAGAAUAGAUUCUGAGGCCACUCCUCUUUUUUAUGUCUCUUAUAACGUCUUCCUCGCCUCAUCUUUUCUCUUCCUCCACCAUGGCGUUCACUGGGAAAUAUGAGCUGGAGAGUCAAGAGAACUACGAGGAGUUUCUUGAAAUUAUUGCAAAGCGCCAAGACUGACCACAAGGUGAUCACAGAGGUGGUUCAGGAUGGGAAUGACUUCUCCUGGACUCAGAGUAUUCCUGGCUGGUCCUGGACCAACAAGUUCACCGCAGGUCAGGAGUGUGAGCUGAUGACAAUGAAGG